UGAAACCUGUUGCUCUUUUUAAGCCUCCUUUUAAAACAACACUUUCAGUUGAGGAUUGAUCUUGAUUACCUCUUCCAUCUUCAGACUUGAAUUGUAGUUCAGUUUUCAGUUUUGAAUAUGGGGGAGAAUCUUCCUCCUGGUUUUAGGUUUCAUCCAACUGAUGAGGAACUCAUAACUUAUUAUCUCACUCACAAAGUUUCAGAUUUUCGCUUUUCUUCAAGAGCAAUCACUGAUGUUGAUCUCAAUAAAUGUGAACCUUGGGACCUCCCAGGCAAAGCUACAAUGGGGGAGAAAGAAUGGUAUUUCUUUAGCUUGAGAGACCGAAAAUACCCAACUGGACUUCGAACCAACCGAGCCACAGAUGCAGGUUAUUGGAAAACUACAGGGAAGGACAAAGAGAUAUUCCAUUCCGGUGUAUUAGUAGGGUUGAAGAAAACCCUAGUAUUUUACAGAGGUAGAGCUCCCAGGGGUGAGAAAAGCAACUGGGUAAUGCAUGAGUAUCGCCUCGAAACCAAGUAUACAUACAGGGCUAAUAAGGAGGAAUGGGUGGUUUGUAGGGUUUUCCAAAAGAGCUCCACAGGUAAAAAACCUAUGUCAGCUCCAACAUCAUCAAACCCAUCUCUUGAAUCUACUUGUGAAGCCACCACAUUGAUGAAUGAGCUAGGAGAGGUUGAAUUACCUCAUUUGAAUAAUCUCAUCAAUUCUUCAAGCUGUUUGGGUGCUACUGCUACUGUUAAUGAUGUAAACAACAGCAAUGGCAACAAUGAUAACGGCGUCGGCACAAACAUGAUGAAUUGGAUGUCUACAAGAGAUGUAACAAGCAAUCCCUCACUUUCAUGGCCUUCUUCUACCUUGCUUGGCUCAAAUUUGUCAAUGAGUUCAAUGCUUUUGAGGACACUUCAACUAGGUAGUUAUCAACCAAGGGAAGCUACAAUUGGUGAUUUAAGCUCUCUUACAGCUCAAGGGAGUUCACGUUUAAUAACUGAUUCAAAUUCGAACCCUACCGGUUCUUCCUCCAUGAUUAUGGAUUCUGUGCAGCAACAACCAUUCAACCUGGACUCUCUGUGGUGAAGUUGUUGCAAACGACUAACAUACAACUGUAAAGUUCAAAUAUUUGCUUCUUUCUGGUGGAGGAGAUGGUGUCAAGUCCAUAAUUCAAAGCUGGAACCAUCCACUGAAUCAAUGUGAGAAUUUGGUUAAAGCCCAAUGAAUGAAGUUGUGGUCAUUGUUAAAUAGAGUAGUCAGUUGACAACUAGGGAAACUCUCUGUGCAUUUUCUGUUUAUGUCAUAAAUCCCAAUAUAAUAGAAACUUUGUUGGGUAUUAAUUUUAUUUUCAUUAUAUUCUGAAAAGAACAAGUCUGGUGCAUUUUCUUCA